AUGUCAGGCAUCGCAUUCGAACACUUUGAUCCUGAAUUGGAAUUGGGAAAUUUAGACGAGAAUGGUCGUCCUAUCAGGCCCCGUAAAAAGCCUGGAAGAAAGCCCAAUCCGCCAUCUCCUGCUCAAAGAAAGGCCCAGAACAGAGCCGCUCAAAGAGCAUUCCGUGAACGAAAGCGCAGAGAAAUGAGAGAAGCUGAAUCUACUGUCAAACGAUGCAUAUAUGCCCGCGAUCAAGCGUUGGGUGAGGUUCGCCGCUUGAAACGAAGAUUGGAGGAACUGCAGUUUGAAACAAAUUACUUGAAGGGUUAUGCUUUAACCUUGAAAAUGGCUUGUGUCGCUAAUCAGGUCGAAGUUCCAAAAUUCUGGGAUACAGGUGUUACAGAUGAAAUUGGUUCUGAAGAAUUGACCUUUUCAAAAACCAAAGGUGUGCCUCAGCAACUGGAAGUGUUCCUGGACAAGAAGAUGAACAUCAUUAGCAUUGAUCAGCAUGUUUCCUCGCUUCAUCAUUUGCAGAAUGAAACCAAUACAAUGAGCGACAAUGAUCUACCUCCAUCCUCGAUUCUGUCUUGCUCGUCUUCUAUCAGCUCUUACUUGGUCGAUGAAGAACAGGCUGCUCAAAGUCCUCUGUCUUCUUCGACCUCCUCCUCUUCUUUCUCUGAUGCUGUCAGCCCUGGUGCCUCCUCGUUUGUCUCUGAUUUCGAAAAUGCAAUCCAAGCGCAUAACCAUCAUCCUAACCUUGGCAGCAACAGCAACAACAACAACAACAAUGACUUUGAUAUCAACGAUACCUUAUCAUCUAUUGCUCCUCAACUGGCAAGUCAUUUGGAAACACCAUUCUUCCAACAAUUACUGAAUACAGACUUGGUCGGUACUCAUCUUCAACAACCUUGCGCAACACGUUAUGCAACCUCACCUUCUCCAACAUCAAACGACUUUCCCACUACUGAACAACAGCAGCAGAUUGGCAUGUCUUCAGCCAGCCCCAAUGAUAUCAUAGAUCAACAGCAGCAACCUGUAGAGGAAGAAGAAGAGAAGGUGAUUGACGCUAAAACCGGCUUGGUGCGCACUGUUACUGAGUAUGUGGACACCAUGGACGCAGAUGACAGUUCCUCCUCUUCAGCAUCAUCAGCAUCAUCAGCAUCAUCAGUGAAUUCGAGUGACAAGAAGGUAUUCCCACCCAUGACGCCAUUAGAUGCCAUUCAUCAGAUGAGAGCUGUUAAGAACCUGAGUCCCUCCACAAGAGCUUUAUUCACACCAACUGAAUUGCAACGAACGAUUCGCCAUGACACUCGUAUUGAUGUAGUCCCUGGAGCAGCUUUACGCGACCAUAUGAUUCUGUUUCAAGAUUUCUACAAUGCCAAUGACCUCUUUGACUAUUUAGCCGAGAGCUCCGUUUUUCUUGGGGGAGAAUUGGGUAACCCUGACUCGUGGUUUGUGCCUCCAAACUUUUUCAAGCGUUAUUGGUUCUUGUGUCCCAAUCACAAACACAAGCGUAUGGACAAUGCAGCGGAAAUCAUGGUAAAUUUGGGGAAAAAGAUGAUUGAAUUGAUGGCACAAAGAAAGCAAAUGUAUAUUGAGCGUGAUCAGUAUGCCGACUACUUUCCUGAGCCUACAAAGGAGCAAGUGGAGCAGCAAGUACAACAAGCGGUGGAUGACGAGUUCUUGCACAGAGAUGAACAGCAGCAUUUAAAUGACAUGUAUCAGCAACAACAGCAACAAUGCAUGGAAAUGUUUGCUAUGGAUGAGGACGAUGAUGAGGACAUGCGGGAUCAAACCUCAACAUCAGCAGCAACAGCACAGCAACAACAUGGACCACUGAACUUGCUAGAUAGUGAUUUGCCACUAGAUCAAUUUAUGACAAUGAUAAACAAUGCAACUAUGCCUAGAUUAGCACCCCAUUCAUUUGCUGUUUAA